AUGAGCAGCGCGAGGGAUGCGCUGAAGGCGCUGGCGGAGGGCAUCCCGCUGGGGGCGCCCGCGUCGCGUGUGCGAGAGGAGGGCCGCGACGAGUCGGUGCCCCACGCCCCCGUGCGCACCCCCCACCUGAGCGAGGCCGAACGCAGGCGGGCCAUCGCCAACGCCCUCCGCUACUUCCCGACCGAGCUCCACGCCUCCCUGGCCCCCGAGUUCGCCCAGGAGCUGGCCGACUUCGGUCACAUCUACAUGUACCGCUUCCGCCCCACCGCCUACGCCAUGCGGGCCUACCCCAUCGACUACUACCCCGCCAAGUGCCAGCAGGCUGCGGCCAUUAUGAUGAUGAUCAUGAACAACCUGGACCCGGCGGUGGCGCAGUUCCCGCACGAGCUCAUCACCUACGGCGGCAAUGGCGCCGUGUUCCAGCACUGGGGUCAGUACCACUUGGUCAUGAAGUACCUGUCGGAGAUGACCGACGAGCAGACGCUGGUCAUGUACUCUGGCCACCCGCUCGGGCUCUUCCCCAGCACCAAGGAUUCGCCGCGCGUGGUGAUCACCAACGGCAUGGUGAUCCCCAACUACUCCUCCAAGGACCUCUACGAGAAGAUGCACGCACAGGGUGUCACCAUGUACGGCCAAAUGACCGCCGGCAGCUACUGCUACAUCGGUCCGCAAGGCAUUGUGCACGGCACGACCAUCACCCUCCUCAACGCCGGCAGGAAGUACCUCUCCACGUCCGACCUGGCCGGCAAGGUCUUUGUCACGGCUGGACUUGGCGGCAUGAGCGGCGCGCAGCCCAAGGCUGCCGUGAUUUGCGGCGCCAUCGGCGUUGUGGCCGAAAUCUCUCCCGCGGCCACCAAGAAGCGACACGAACAGGGGUGGGUGAUGGAGGUCUACACCUCCCUAGACGACGUGAUCGCGCGCAUCAAGAAGGCCAAGCAGGCCAAGGAGACCCUCAGCAUGGCCUACCAGGGCAACGUGGUCGACUUGUGGGAGCGGCUGGCGCAGGAGGACGAGAUGCUUGUCGAGCUGGGCAGUGACCAGACGUCCCUCCACAAUCCCUACAGCGGAGGCUACUACCCGGCGGGCCUUUCGUUCGACGAGGCCAACGAGAUGAUGUUCAAGGAUCCCGCCAAGUUCAAGGAGAUGGUGCAUGAGAGCUUGAGGAGGCACGUGAAGGCCGUCAACAACCUGACCAGCCGCGGCAUGCGAUUCUGGGACUACGGCAACUCAUUCUUGCUGGAGGCCAGCCGGGCGGGUGCGGACAUCAUGGCGGACGAUGGGCUGGCGUUCCGGUACCCCUCCUACGUGCAGGACAUCAUGGGCGACAUCUUCUCUCUCGGCUUCGGCCCGUUCCGCUGGGUGUGCACGUCGGGCGAGGCUGAGGACUUGGCGACCACGGAUCGUAUCGCUACGGAGAUCGUGGCCGGGCUGCGCGACUCGUCUCCCGAGAAGUCCAAGCAGCAGUACGAGGACAACUACCUGUGGAUCACCCAGGCUGCCGAUCACAAGCUGGCUCGCAUCCUCUACGUGGACGCCUUCGGCAGGGCGGCCAUUGCCGAGGCCAUCAAUCAGGCUGUCAGGGAUGGCCGUCUCAAGGCGCCCGUGGUCAUCUCCCGUGACCACCACGACGUCAGCGGUACCGACAGCCCGUACAGGGAGACCUCCAACAUCACCGACGGCUCCACCUUCACCGCGGACAUGGCCGUGCAGAACUUUGUGGGCGACGCCAUGCGCGGCGCGACGUGGGUCUCCCUCCACAACGGUGGCGGCGUGGGCUGGGGUGAGGUCAUGAACGGCGGCUUCGGUCUCGUCCUCGAUGGCUCUGAUGACGCGUCGCGCCGGGCGCGUAACAUGCUGUUCUGGGAUGUCAACAACGGCAUCGCCCGCCGCGCCUGGGGCACCAACGACAACGCCGAGCACGCCAUCCGUCGCGCGAUGGAGCUGACGCCCAACCUGAAGGUGACCCUGCCCUACCACGCCGACGAGGCCCUCAUCGAGAAGGCCCUCGGCGGCGUCCAGCAGUAG